AUGGACGAAUCAGAAUUUCAGGGCGUUAGUGAUGAACCCACUAACGAUCAAUACAAGGUUUCAGCCAAGAAGACCUUGGAAGAGUACAAGAACUUGGAUGCUGAAGACGAAUCAUUAGCUAAAUGGAAAGAAUCUUUGGGUCUGAGUGCUGAUGUCUUGCCAUUGGAAUAUCCCGGUGAUAAAAGGAAACUCGUCAUCCAAAAGAUUAUGCUUUUGGUUGAUACUGAACCCGAACCAAUUGUGUUUGAUUUAACCAAUGAAACUACAAUUAAAGAGCUGGCCUCGAAAAGGUACAAGAUUAAAGAGAAAUCCAAUUACAAAUUGCGCAUUCAAUUUAAAGUGCAACAUGAAAUUAUUACUGGUAUAAGAUACGUCCAGUACAUCAAGAAAGCGGGAAUUGCCAUUGACAAGAUUGAUGAUCAUUUAGGAUCAUAUGCGCCAAACACAAAGACCAAACCCUUCUACGAAGUUGAACUACCGGAAUCUGAGGCCCCAAGUGGAUUUUUAGCAAGAGGUAACUACAGCGCGGUUUCCAAAUUCAUUGAUGACGACAAUACGAACCACUUAACCUUGAACUGGGGGGUUGAAAUUACCAAAAGGUAA